AUGGCAGUGCUUCUCUUCUUUUUUACGAUCUUCCUUUGUGUAGUGACCAUAAAUGAGGCAUGCUGGUGCACUCAAGCUCACCCGCAGUCAAGAUUUUGCAGCGCAGAUUUUGGUGAGUACAGGUGAUAUCCUUUUAUUAGCUACCCACAUUACGUUCAGUAAUCAUUUUAAACCCAUCAUCUACAUUUACAAUUAUUUUCAUGCGCAUUUUCAUCUUCUCACAUUUAAAAGGUAUACCAGUGCUUCCAACAGUUCAAUCAAAUCUUGACAGUAUGAUUUAUAUACAUGUACUUUUGGACAUUUUUAAAUUUAUUGAAUUUCAUUAGUCAUGCCCUGUGUUGUUUGUUUUACUAAUGUGGACGGCAGAGACUUUUAAUAUACAAGCGCAAUCAACCCAAUACGAGCUUUGCUCUCAUUGGUGCGAGGUGUAGAAAUGGAAAAAAAACCUACUCCUAUACUGUUGGAUGAUUGAAAUAUUCGGACAAAACAACUGAAUCUUCGACUUAGUGAAAUUACCUUUGUCUAGAAAUGAUAACAGUACAACGUUUUAAAAGAUUAUCCGUUUUAUUCCUUCUUUCAAUUGAAUCUUUUAUCUCUUUAUGAAAGUUCUUUUUUCUCCUAACUGGAGGCACGGAGGGAAAUGAGAUCUUGUAACUUGGCAAAUAUACAAAUAUUUUGUCCACAGAAUUCAUAAAAAAAAAAACACAUUGACGACACCAACAACAGGUUAUUUUCCAAGAUUGGAGAAAACUUAAUACUGUUUUGUUAUUCUAGAACAGGAUUGUCGCAUCUUGAUCUUCACCUCGCUAAUACCGUUUGUAAGAUAAUUCGUCCAGUUCUGUCGCUGUCGCAACGGAAAGGUUAAGAGGAACGAUGUGAUAACAGAAAAGAGGUUAAGGCGUUUUGCCAAAGACCUUAUUUAAGUGACAAUGAGCCACAGAGCUCGAAACAUGAUUCACGACAGAGCGGCAAUUCAAAUCGUCGGUUGCCCCCUUAAAUGUAUUUGCGUAAGCCCAAUGCAAAGAUCCGCUGAAUUACCAAUAAGCUCGUAAGAAUUCCCGUCAUCACCACGAUUUUAAAAUGGCCGGAAGGUUCGGAAACACAAAUCUGUGAUCACAACAAAAUUUACAGGAGCAAAUUUCAUUUCUAUGGCCCUAUUGAGGUUUUCAAAAUAUAAACACAAACAACAGCAAUAACAACAAUGACGAGCCGGAGGUAAGUAUGGUGUGAUAUCUGAGGUUAAGGCGAUGUGCCAGAGGCCUUAUCAAAAUGGCAACGAGUCACAGAAAUCGGAAAUUUUGUUGAAGAGAGAGCAGAAAUUCCUAGUGGUCGGGAUGCCCCCUUAAAAAUAAUUGCAUAAGCCUGUGAUCACUACAAUUAAAAAGAAGCUUAUGAGAAACUACAUAAUCACUCAAUCUCUAAAAUGGCUCAUCGUUACUUCACAAUUAAAAAAAAAAAAAAAAAAAAAAAAAACAGAGGAAAUACAGGAUUGGGGUUGUUUUAAAACAAAAAAAUGAAAAGAUACUUUAUGUAGCCAAUAGCACCUGGGUGAGCCGUGAAAUGCCACUUAUGUUAAGAUUUUAGAUUUGUAUACCCCGGCCGCCGGAUAAUUAACAACAGUGACAAGAGAAUCAAUCCCGAUCCAUACGCUCUCUCGCACUCAAAAAUUCGCGGACUUUUUCUCGUUGUGCGCAUUUUCGCUGCUCUUCAAGGUUCCUUAAUUUUCGACCUUUACGCAUCGAAGCUGUAACUUGUAAACUGCUGACGAUUCAUUCGUGACGGAAUUCAGAAAAAUUAUCUCUCUCACAUUCUGCGGCUCAUUGCCAGCCAUUAAAAAAUGAUCCUUGACCAAAAUAGACACUGCGUUGAGUGAGAUGUUAAUUGAGUGUUCGGUGUUUUAUGCCCAUGAGGAAAAGGUAGUCAAGGACACAGAUCUUUUAAUCGGAUAUGGCAAACAUUGUAUCACGAAAUUCGGCUCAGUAGUGGUUUAAUGAUUCUUUCCUUCCUUCAGUGUGGGGGAUGUUACAAAAUUAGGUAAAUUCAACGUUUUUUUAUAAUUCUUGAUUCUUCUUUGCUUGCUUGGUUAGCUCAAGUGCGCUAAAUAGACUCCCACAAACACGAGAUGUUUUGUUAAUGAUUGUCUAAGGAAGGUUACGCCCACCCUGUUAACGUAAAACAUUUCUGACUUUACAGCCAUUCGUGCUAAGGUUUUGAACGAGUCUUGGGACAACAGCAGCAGAAUUUAUACCCUCAAGGUCUUCAAAGCCUUCAAGGGGGGCAAGAAAAUUGAACGCGUUGCCGAGAUGCAAAGUGAUACGGGAAAACGCAGGAAAAACGUUGUCCAAGUUACAACAGAGCUCGACUCAGCCGCUUGUGGCGUACGCCUUCAGAUUUCUAAAAUCUACAUUCUGCUCGGCUACGUAGAGAACCAACACCGAAGACCAUACAAAGGAAAGAAAAAGUUGACGAUAGAAUCGUGCCAGUGGCACUCGUUAUGGAACGACACCACUGCUCAACAACGUCGCGGGCUCAAGAGGAUUUAUGGAAAAUACUGCCUGUGUAAUAUUGACAAGUACUGCUUCAAAGAAAGACCAGAGCUCUGCAAAGAUUUGAUUCAAGGAUGCCACUUACAAGGAAGUGAUGAUCGCAUGAAGAAUUGCAGAGCAAAGCAUUCUUACUGCGUGAAAGGCCGCAAAAAAUGUAGAUGGAUCGCGCCUCAAAAGGCCGAUUUAAAAAAAUGCAUGAGUGCUUGA